AUGCCGUCUUUCUACUCCACAGGCCACGGCCUGCCCACCCCUCCUCACGUCAACAGCGGCGGUCGCCUGGACGAACCCCAGUUCUACCCCAUCGGCUACCCUGCGUUCCCGCCUCGCUACCACCAGAGCGGCUCCGAAUUUAUCGAACAGUUCUCGCAAUCCAUGUGCUACGGAAAGCCAAACGCGAUGAACCUACACCCUUCGUCGGCACAUCCAAUCCACGCUCGGGAUAUGCACGCCAUGGGCCAGCAGCAGAUGUAUGGACCGAUGGCAAACGCUUUGCCUCCGAUCCGCUCCAAUGUCCAGCUUCCCCCCAUGGAUAGUGCGAUCCCGCAACAGUACCGUCGCCAGGAUAUCGCCCCGAUGAAACAACAGCAUCAGGAACAGCCCCGCAAGGAGGAGAAAGCUACCGGAGGCGUCGCCGCUCAUCUGGAUUACGAGAUGGAUCGCAUGUCCGACUUCGUGGCGGAAAUGACCCAGGGAAUGUAUGAUUUGUACAACACCAAAAUCACCCUUUCAGAUAUUGACUUCGCGCGAAGCAUCUCCCCAGGAUCCUCAGUUCCCCCGCAGUUUCGGAAAUACGUCUAUCAAAUCUUGUCUUCGACACGCCUGCCAAGCUCGACUAUUCUUCUCGGCCUCUUUUACCUGUCCAGCCGCAUGCGAAUGCUCUCUUCGCAGCGCGUCUUCCAGUCAAGCAGUGGCCAAAUUUAUCGCAUGCUGACCAACAAGUCGUGGGCCGAAGUUAGCAACAUUCCCGUGGCUGAAUUGAACAAACUGGAGCUCGAGUGGCUCUUCGCCUUUGACUGGAAGAUCCACGAUCGUAUUUAUGAACAACAGGAUGGCUUCGCCUCGUGGCGUCGUCACUGGGACACCUGGAGCGCCAAGGCUAACGUUCGUGCACAUGAGUCUCGCCAGACCCUGUCGCCUCUGGACACCAACGUCGUUCGUCAGCAGACCACCUCCAAGCCCCUCAUGUCGCCCGAAGGUCCUAUCCCGCCUCAAUACCAACGCGGCACCCACGUUGAAAGUUCCUGGCUCAACCCGGCAGCCUCCGAGUACUCGCCGCCCUCGGCUCCGCACAGUGGACCGAAUACGCCCGACUACUACUCGGUUGGUCCUUGGGCCUACUCGAACCCGCCUCCGCCCUAUUCGCGAGCUUGGAUGCCCCCGCCGCCCCAGUACAUUCUCCAGUCCGCACCCCGAUCGCAACCCCCGUCCUACCAUCAUACUCCGGCGUAUGGUCUGCCCUUCGCUCAGAGUGUCUGGACCGGCCAUGGAUCGUCUUGUGCUUGCAUGUACUGUGCCAAGCAUCUUGAGCAUUACAUGUGCAACAGCGCCUUCCCUGCGCUACAGCCUAUUGCCGCAUAA